AUGUCCGAAUAUCGUCAUAUGAGGUCCGGCAGCUUAAAUAUUCCAUCCCAGACAACUACGAUGAGUCCGAUAGUUCCGUCACACGGUCGCUUCGAUGGCCCGAGGAGUCCACCGAACACGUCGCACGUUCCAUGUAAAUUCUUUCGACAAGGCGCAUGUCAGGCUGGUUCCGCUUGUCCCUUCAGUCACGAUCUCGGUACUGCUGCAGAAACGGUGUGCAAAUACUUUGCCAAGGGCAAUUGCAAGUUCGGACCAAAAUGUGCUAAUGUCCACGUCCUCGCCGACGGUAGACGAAUCAACUAUGGUAAAAAUGGUAUCACCAUAGGCCAACCUAUUCACCUGGGCGGUCGAGUCAAUCCAAGCUUCAACUCUUCCUCGAACAGCGCCUUGACGAAUUCUUUCAUGCGCGCCGAUGCCAAUCCUUCAUACGGAAACUCAUACGGAUAUCCAAUGUCCCCGAGCGAUACUUAUCAAUCCAUUGACCGUCGACCGAGCUUAGAAAACGUUCCAACCAUCGAUACUACAUAUUCCCACACGAGUUCUCAAUAUGGUUCACCACGUGAAGAAGACCCGACCCGUCUUGGUUUAGGACUUUCGCCCGUAGCUGCUAAGGGGCUGUCCGUUCUUGACGCUCCUCUUCCCGCAUCUUUCGAUUCGAAUGGAAUUUCCAAUGCCGCCAGAUACCCCGGUGCGCCGUGGCCAUCCUCGAUGCCCUCGCAAUUUGGACUUGAUUCCCCUUCACCAUCCUUAAACGCGGCUAAGGAUUCGAGAACUUCAGAAACCCUUAAGCUUCUACACCACUCGGCAUUCGGUAGCAACGAGCAUUUGUCUUCGGUUGCGGCCGGUUCUUCGCCACCGACCCAACCAUCCGACGAAUACUUUGGCAGACGUCAGAUGCACUCGAGCCGCUAUGCCAAGCCUAAGAUGCUUAGCAGCAGCGCGCCGCGUGCUAUCGCCGGUGCCAUCGACCGAGAUUGGGAGUCUGAUUUUUCUUUUCUGGAGGAGGAUUAUUUGCCUGACAAUCUGAAAGACUUGUUAACGCCGGCGGAGAAAGCACGGCGCGGUUCACGAGCAGCCGACGAAGAAUCCAACGGCCAUAGGGGAAAUGGUACUUCACCUAGCAUCGCUGGGAUGAGUGGCACGGGGACACCCAAUGGCGAGGUAAGCUCCAAAUUCGGCAGCCCAAUGGCAUCGAGUCCAAGCCGGUGGGGACCGCUAUUUCAACGGCAGCACGAGGAACACGAGGCGAAGAAACAUGCAGCAGCAGCUAGUGCAGGUGCAUUUGGACACGUCGGAAGUCCCCUUCGCCAAUCCAGCCUCAGUGCCAACGUUGUGCGACCACACAAUUCGAGCCGGUCCAGUAGCAUCGAGGGUCUAAGUGCCUUGUCCCAGCAGCUGCAGCGCACACGCAUCGACAGCAACGGAGGCGAAUCACCGCUAUUGCAUCCCAAUUCGCAUACGUCGCGACCAUCAAACGGCCGAGCCGGCGAACGCCACGUCAGCAGCGGCUCCAUCAGCUCUAGCGCCCGGUAUACCACUCCUAUAGGGGAAGAGGACGGCGAAUUCGUAUUCAGCAUGGACGAGGACGGCGAUCGAGACAGCACUAUAAGGGCACGGAAGCGAAUGUCCGGCGUAGGCACCGCUAUGAGCGUCUGGGGUUCUAGCUACGCUGGCGUUGCUGCAGGACCCGGGAAGAAGGACGAUGGUGCCGCGAGAGUGGUCGAAGGGGUCGGUGGCCGGUGA